CUCCGAUUCCACUAUGUCUGGAAGGCAAAGUACUUGUCGCCUGUGACUUGACUCGAAGCUUGCUCGAGACUUAUAACACUUGCACAUGUACUGCACCUUUCCUGCCCUGCGCUCAUACUCAGGAUGAAUAUGAUAAAUCUCUCUGCAACUGACUUUCCCAUCAAGUCCGUGAGGAUAUUCAGCUCCGACGUAGCUGAGGUUACCCGCACUUUUCCCCUCAACUUUACCCAGUCUCUAAAUGGAUCGCUGGCCAUCAAUAUUUCAAACCUUCCCCUACUGCAUCGGCAGAGUGGAAUUUGGGCAUCUGUGACCAUUGGUUCAGAUGAUCUGAUGGUUAUGGAUUACUACCAUGGCCCGUCCGACUAUAAGUCCGACCCGUUUGGUCAUCGGCACGAGACUAGCAGUGAUGUCCUUCGUGAUCUGCGGGCCGAGUUUACGCGCCUAGAGGAUGAGCGUCAGCUAAGGCAACAAAGCUUCGCCUUCCUGUCGACGUACAUGAACUCUCUUGCCAAAGGAAAUGCUCUGGCGGGUGUGACAGAACCUGCACAACUCGUUACACUCUUCGAUGAGUUCAUAGACAUUGGCAAGAGUCGAUCCGAAGUCAUUGCGGUACUUGACCAGCAGAUCAAGGACGUUAAGAAGGAAAUAGACGAAGAAGUACAGCGACUUUUCCUCGAAUCCUGCGCCUUAGUGACCAAAGCCACUGUUAUUCUUGCACCAGUUUCUGGCCGCACCGCUACGGUCGCUGAGCUGGAACUGAAGUACAAGGUUAACGCUACAUGGAAGCCAGUAUACGAACUACAUGUCACGACCAUUGAUGGUGUCCCUUCUUCAUCAGUCGUUCUAACUUAUCGAUGUCAAAUUUCUCAGUCUACCGGGGAGAAUUGGGACGAUGUGGAGCUUGCGGUGACAACAGCAGAGCCCUAUGUUCAUUCAGUAGGAGUACCUGAACUAAAGAAGAUGGAGCUAAAGCAACGAGGAGGCUUUUGGAAGCCUGACCCUUGCGAUUUACCGGUCAAGCCCCAAAAUAUUCCAUUUUGGAAUACCACAGGAUAUGCGUCGCCUUUCGAGAACAUUCUGUCCUCGACACAGCAAGACAGACGAAGCAUAUUUGGAAACGCUCAAAUUGCUCUUCACCAAGCUGGGGCCACACAGGAACCUGCAGCAGACAACGUGUUCGGAUUUUUACAGGGACAACCCACUGUCACAACUCAAGGUUUCUUUACAUCUACUCCAGCACAGUAUUCAUCCAGUGCGCGGAACCCAAGUAGUGGCGGGAGUAAUGCCACAGACAACACCCUUGGCUCCAACCAACCAACAUCAAACUUGCAGCAGUCUCAGCCAUCGACUUCCUUGUCCGCUUCAGCGCAUCUAUCCAAGUUACAGCACCAAAGAGAACGCAUAGUGUUAGCAGAGCUCGACAAGGCCGUGACUCACACAACGACUGCAAAGGUGUUCAUCCCAAGUCGUGGAGUGGGAGGGACCCAUCACAUUCUUAUAGCAACUAUCCCACUGAAAGCGUCAUUUACCAGGGUCGCAGUACCGAGCGUUAACUCCCAUGUCUUUUGGACUUGCGAGAUUUCAAACACAAGCAACUAUGCACUAACUCCGGGCACUAUUCACACUUACCUGGAUGGAAAACACGUUUCUGACAUGGAUAUCACGAGCAUCAAUCAGUCGCAACCUAUCCAAUGCUCUCUUGGUAUUGACGCCGCGAUGGCCACGCAGUUCAACCGCACUAUCGGCUCGCUACCUGACUUCAACGGCAAGGCAACUAAGACGUAUACUAUCACGGCCACUCUUAACAACACGCACCGCGACCCCGUCAGCAACGUCAUCGUUCGCACAUCACUUCCAUUUUCUGCAGACCCUCGUAUUACAGUCACGUUGCAAGAGCCCGGAGGCCUUGCUGACAUCAACUCGGGAACGGUACGGGUAGGAGAUGGGUGUUAUGCGAGGUGGUCAACCGCUGGGGACCGCGCAGGAAAGAAUGAUGGGCUGUUCGAGUGGGUGUGCAGUGGUGUGAAACCCGGUUCACAGGUGUUGAAGGCAGUGUGGCAUGUGACCGCCCCUUGCGGUCUCAGUUUCACAGAACCGUAGUUCGGCCUAUCCAUACAGCUUGCUAUUUAAGUCUAAGAAGAGGAAGAAGGGUGUAUGACAGGUUUUAUUGAUUCGGGGCAAGAGUAAGAAUCCUUCUGUGUAGUAUUGUACAAAAUGUUUGCGUAUACACAGACAUUAAUUAGAAUACAUCGUUCAUGGUCUUGGCCAUCUUUUACAGCACGCCAUCGCUGCGCACAGCACAUUGCCCAAAUUCCAGCUUCUUCAAACCUUCAUCCUUGGGUAAAAUGUCCUGUUACACAUCAUGUAAUCAAAUCGGCAACAUCUAUCACAACGAACUCACAUGUUCAAAGAUCC